GCAAUUAGAAGCAGGGGUCUGGGCGCUUGGGAGGGGAUGUUUUGCAUCCACUGAGAAAGUUAGGGCUGUGGUGUUGAAGUGAUGGGAUUUUGAACUUGAUUAAGUGCACAGUUGCAGACGAGGUACUGAUUUGGAAGUGGGACAGUAGUGGCGCAGAGUUGAUUUGGAAUCAGCCGCACCCGUGCGUAAAUUUGGCAACUUGUUUUUGGAUAUGUGGAAGUGCGGCUUUUUGGUGCUUUUUGGCGCGGUGGCAGUGAGCGCCCAGUUCCCCAGGGAGUGUGUGACACCAGAGGGACUCAGGAGCGGAGAGUGCUGUCCGUCUCCCUCCGGCCUGGCCACCGACCAGUGCGGCUUCAGCUCGGGACGCGGACAGUGUGUGUCCAUAACGGCGGACACCCGCCCGCACGGCCCGCAGUACCCCCACGACGGACGGGACGAUCGGGAACGAUGGCCUGUCCGGUUCUUCAAUCGCACCUGCAGAUGUAAUGGAAAUUUCAGCGGCUACAACUGCGGCCGCUGCAGACACGGAUGGACUGGAGCCAACUGUGACCAGCAGGUCCCUGUUGUAAGGAGAAACGUGAUGCUGCUCAGUGCUGAGGAGAAGAGGGCGUUCGUGAACGCGCUCGAUCAAGCCAAGCGCACGGUGCACCCGGACCUGGUGAUCGCUACGCGGCGCUAUCCGGAAAUCUUCGGGCCGGAUGGCAACACCGUGCAAUUUGAAAAUAUCACCAUAUACAACUACUUCGUGUGGUCCCACUACUACUCAGUCAGUAAGACCUUCCUGGGUGCGGGGCAGGCCAGUUUCGGCGGAGUGGACUUCUCGCACGAGGGGCCCGGCUUUGUCACGUGGCACAGGUACCACCUGAUCCAGCUGGAGCGCGACAUGCAGGAUAUGCUGGGAGACCCAUCCUUUGCGCUGCCGUACUGGAACUUUGCCAUUGGUGGAAGCACAUGUGACAUCUGUACAGAUGACCUGAUGGGAGCCAGGAGCUCCUUUGACGCAAAUGGCCUGAGCUCCAACUCUAUCUUCGCCCAGUGGAGGGUCGUCUGUGAGGGUGUGGAGGACUAUGACACACUGGGAACCAUCUGCAACAGCACCGAGACCUCUCCUAUCAGGAGAAACCCAGCGGGAAACGUCAACAGGCCGAUGGUCCAGCGCCUCCCUGAGCCCCAGGACAUCGUUGACUGUCUGCAGGUUAACGCUUUUGACACGCCGCCUUACUACUCAACCUCCUCUGAGAGCUUCAGAAAUACGAUUGAAGGCUACAGCGCCCCCCAGGGGACUUAUGACCCCGUGGUGAGGAGCCUCCACAACCUGGCCCAUCUGUUCCUGAACGGGACAGGGGGACAGACUCACCUCUCCCCCAACGACCCCAUCUUUGUCCUUCUCCACACAUUCACUGAUGCCAUUUUUGAUGAGUGGCUGAGGAGACACAACCCAGAAUCAGUGGUGUAUCCCACAGAAAACGCCCCCAUUGGCCACAACAGGGACUACAACAUGGUGCCUUUCUGGCCGCCUGUGACCAACGCCGAAAUGUUUUUGACAGCCCCCGAGAACCUUGGGUACUCCUAUGAAGCUGAAUGGCCAGGUCAACCUUUUACUCUGACUGAGAUCAUCACCAUUGCGAUUGUCGCUGCCCUCGUGGUCGUCGCAGUCAUUUUCGCUGCCACCACAUGCGCUGUGCGUGCCAAGUCGUACAAGAUGGAGGGCCGCCAGCCUCUGCUCGGGGACCAGUACCAGCGCUACGACGAUGACAAAAGCCAAUCUGUCGUCUAGGAUCUGUGUUCACACAUCCGCCUCGGCUACAUGCCUGUUAUCUCUCUUUACUUUUGUACUGACACACAGCCACACAAGUUUGAUAAAGCCCAAAUCUGGAGUUUACACACAUAAUGCAUAUCAAUAAGAACCAUAAUAUACAUUAUAGUCAUGUAUGACGCAAGGUGCUGAAAUCAAAUAAUCUUUUUUGCAACAUUUAUAUCUCAGCAUGACUAAAAAUGCUGGUACAUUUUAUAUUUAUGUUUGAGGAAAUGACUUGUGUGAACAAUCAGGUUCAAAACAGUAUAUUUAAAUCUUGCUUAGCAGUUAUUAGCAGUCUUUUUGUCACGUGCCACAUCAAUCAAUUUUAUAAGGAGAAACAUUUCCACAAAAAUGAAUUGUAGACUUAAAACGGCUUGCAAAGUGGUGUACCAAGGUCAAGCUUUUCCACAGGUAAUCUAUUAUUGAGGUUAUUUGAAAGAAAUGACUUUAUUCCAAUAAAAUGAGCAUAAAUGAAGCAGGUAUUGGUGCGGCAGUGGUGCCACAGGUGGCACUGCACUCUGACUCUAGUCAGGCCUUGAACAGAAAUUGGCAUUCAACAAUUUGAAAUUGAGAUUUCCACAUAGUGUGUUUGAUCCUGUCUUGUAUCCUGUCCUGCAGGCUAUUAGCCAAAAUAAGGUGUUUUUAGUUUGUUGUAUUGCUUAUCAUUGACUCCCAGAGUGCCUUAACAUGGAAGAAAAUAGAUUCCAACAGGGACUGAAGAUGUUAUGUGAAUUUGUAAACACAUUUUAAAGCAAUUCAUUAACAUGAAAUAGGCUAGCACACACAAAAAUUAUAUAUAUAAAAAAUAACCUUAUAAUCUAGCAAUCCUGCCUCUGCUUGAAGAUUUCAUGUUUUUAUACUUUCUUUGAGUUUUUACAGUUUAGUUUAGAUGCACAGUGACAAAACAGGCUAUAAAGCUGUGACAAAAUGAAAAAAAUAUGAUAUGCUACAAUCCAUGUAACAGCUAAAAUUUGCAACCAAGGAUACACAGGCUCUUGUGCACAUACAGGUAUAUACAGCCACCCAUCCACAAGCUGGAGCUGUGACACCCACAAGAGGGUGCAACAGUGCAGCCUCUGAAACUGCUCCACUCCUUCUGGAAGUCUGCAUUUGUUGAGUGAAUUAAAGUUUAUGAACAUGCUUUUUUACAUUAUGCAUGUAGAUUGUUAUGAUCUGAGAGGGCUUAGCUGUUUGCAAAUUAAAUCUAAAACGGGGAGAAUCAAUCCUGGAUGACAAGAAGGAAUGAAGCUGUAGGCGCCCGGUGACACUGACACUUGAGGCUGCGGUGCUGUGAACUCGGUGAACUACGCAUUCCUGCGACGCACAGUCGAUAGACAAACUUUAUGUAAAUGCCUGGGUUAUUUGCCUGCCCUGUUUUCACAUUUAUACAUUUACCAAACGCUGUUGGGUCUGGACGCACAUGAUUUGAUGACUGGAUUAAACUUUUUGUCUCCAA